AUGGAGAUCCUAGCGAUCACUAGGAAUACACCAGGAGCGUCCUCUUCAAACGCUACUCACCAGGCGGAGUGGACCUUGGAGAGUUUUCUGCAGCACCACCCAGCCAAGUUCAACGGGAAAGGGUUACCGGACGAGGCUGACCAGUGGUUGAGAGACAUGGAGAGGAUUUACGAUGCCAAGAGGUGCCCGGACGAGAAUCGCUUGGCAUUCACGGAGUAUUUGCUUACCGGGGAAGCAAGCCACUGGUGGACGAGCAUAAAGGCUAUUCUGACGGACGCUCACAGUCCCAUCACUUGGGCAGUUUUCAGGAGUAAAUUCUAUGAGGAAUACUUCCCAGACAGCGUUCGUUACGCCAAGGAAGUUGAGUUUCUUCAACUGGUACAAGGAGGGAAGUCUGUGUCGGAGUAUACCAACACGUUCAAGCAUCUGUUGAGGUUCAAUACUAUGGCCACCAGUGAAGAGUGGCAGUGCCGGAAAUUCGAGAAUGGAUUAAGGAGUGAUCUGAAAGUGCUGAUAUCCAGCCUCUGCAUUAAGUCAUUCCCUCGAUGGUCGAGAGGGCCAAGGUGUUAG